GGGUGACAAAGUGUAUGUAGUUACAGAUAGAGGAUUGAAGGAUGGAUGGACGGACAGACAGACAGACAGAGUCAACCUUGUCAUUGCUCAGUACAGCAUGCUGCCGACCACGGCGUACUCCCCUCAGAAGCAGACCAACGGCAGCCUGAGUGCCCGCGAUGCCGCGCGCCACACGGCCGGCGCCAAGCGCUACAAGUACCUGCGGCGCCUGCUGCACUUCAGACAGAUGGACUUUGAGUUUGCCAUGUGGCAGAUGCUCUACCUGUUCACCUCACCACAGAAGGUCUACCGAAACUUCCACUACCGCAAACAGACCAAAGACCAGUGGGCUCGAGAUGACCCGGCCUUCCUGGUGCUGCUCAGCAUCUGGCUCUGUGUAUCUACAGUAGGAUUUGGCUUGGUGUUGGAUAUGGGUUUCGUGGAGACGUUAAAGCUCUUACUCUGGGUCGUCUUCAUCGACUGCAUCGGUGUCGGCCUGCUCAUCUCCACCCUCAUGUGGAUCAUCAGUAACAAAUACCUGAUAAAACAUACCAGUAGAGAAUACGAUGUGGAAUGGGGCUACGCUUUUGAUGUUCAUCUGAACGCUUUCUACCCUCUGCUGGUCAUCUUACACUUCCUGCAGCUCUUCUUCAUCAACCACCUGGUGGUGAUUAACUCUGACUGGUUCGUGGGCUAUUUCGUUGGAAACACCCUGUGGCUGAUCUCCAUCGGAUACUACGUCUACAUCACCUUCCUCGGCUACAGCGCACUUCCGUUUCUGAAGAACACAGUGGUUCUGUUGUACCCGUUUGCUGUACUCGGACUUCUCUACGUUCUCUCCAUCACGAUGGGCUGGAACUUCACCAAGGGUCUCUGCUGGUUCUACAAGUACAGAGUUCAGUGAAGAACCUGAACUGAUAUGAAGGACUUUGAGUGUGGAUUCAGUGUGGAUUCUUCUGCUCUCAGGACGCUCUCACUGUCACCUCCUAGACUAUUGUACACUCUGUAAAUAAUCUGUAGAUAGAAAUGAAUGAGAGAGGACGUGUGGGAAUGUUUCCGUCUUUUUUAUUUGAUCAGACGUGGUGAAAAUCCCAGUUUGGGAUUGGAUGCAUCAGUUCGUGUGUUUACGUUGGAUUUUGUUUGAGUGCAUUUUCUUUUCCCGGUGAGAACAAAUCCAAUAAACUGCUUUUUACA